UCCAUAUACCAACCCUCUGUCACCCUUUCGCUCCGAUUCCACAACCGUCAUUCAAACUCCGGCCACCGGAGCCUCUCUCUCCGGUUCCCCACCGUUGAUCCUGCAACACCCUUUCUCUCCGUUUCCCCAAUCGAUUUCCUACCCGCAAUUUCACCCUCCCGCUUCCUAGGGUUUCCGUGACACCAUGACUUUAUCAGACGACGAGGACGAAAAUCUAGCUCAAUUUCUCGAAUCAGAAGUCCUCUCCGAAGUCUCUGAUAAGGAAGAGGAAAACUUGGAGGAACCAAAAGCAAAGAGAAAGCGUAUUGAAGAAGCUGAGAGUACUAAGCAGGGGCAGGGUACUAAACAAAUUUCUGCUCCAUUAUCUGAGCCUGAGAAUUAUGGUGUCAACAAUGGCGUCGUGCCGAAACGGAUUGAGACUGGUUUUUUCAGCAAAAUCCCACCUGAGCUUUUCCAUCAUAUCCUUAAAUUCCUGUCUUCCGAGGAUCUUAUUUCAUGUUCCGCAGUCUGUACAUUUCUAAAUUAUGCGGCAUCUGAUGAAGCGUUGUGGCGUCGCUUGUACUGUAUGCGAUGGGGUCUUCUUCCCCCCACGAGGAAGUUAAGGGAAUGCCCAUGGAAAAACUUAUACAUUCAGCGCGAUGGAGACGACAUGGUUGAACUUGUCAGAAACUGCCAGAAUGAGUUUAAGGAGUAUUACAUUCAAAUGCAAGCAGCUAAAAGAAGUCAAGCCCCUAAUCCGUCACAGUUGAAUGAUGAUAGGAUAAUUCUAGACAAAACAUUAGCCGAUCAAGUGUCAUCAUGGAAAAGCAGCAGGGGCCUUAGUGAUACAGUGGUGACUGAUCAUGCUUGUUCUGGGGAAACAUGCUCGUACUACGCAAUUGGAGAUGUAUUUAUUUGUGAAAAGACUGGACAAGUUCAUGUUUGUGACGAAACAUGUAGGGAAGUAGUAAUGGAUCCCACCAACGAGCUUUUGGUCUGUACAAUAUCUGGCCACUGUUUUGACAGAUUGCUAUCACCUGCUGAAAUGGAGCCUGAUGCUGAGCAGCAGCAAGGUGGUGCGGCAGAUGAGGCAGAACCGUUUAUGGGAUCUGGCCGUUUUGCACGGGCUUAUUUGCUGGGAUACAAUUGUGCUGAUGAAAAGGAGCUUGAAGCUACUUUGAGGUUUUGCUGAUCCCUAUUGGCCCUUCUGGAGUGGAUGAUCUCAUGUCUCAGCAUUUACCUAUUUAAGAUCAAAUAAAUCGGGUUUCCUUUUCGUGUUUCUCUUGGCAUAAGAAUGUUUGAUUAGAUCUAGAUUAUGAAACUCUAAUCGUCUUCUAUAUUAAUAAUUGUAUGCUUAAAUUUAUAGUUGAAAUUCCAUUGAUGAAUUUUUCUUUUUAUCUGCA